CGACUAUAUAACAGUUACACCGAUAAUGCGUCCAGUGUAACACUUGAGCAAGAUGCGGUUGCUCCUCGUACUCCUGGUAGCUGGCUCAGCUUUCGGUUUCUCCAACGCGGAAGACCUUCCCUCGCUCGAAGGAGCUAAGGUCUACCGACUGAUACCAGACUCAGAUGAGAAACUAUCAGCAGUCCUCGCUCACAAUGGUAAGGAAGGAUAUGACUUUUUGAGACGUGGUCACAAUCUUGGGGACGAGAUCAGAGUGCUGGUGACCGCCGACUUCACCGAAGGCUUCGAGUCCGAAUUGACGGAAUAUGAAAUCGACUACGUGAUCGUAACUGAAAACGCCCAGGCAGUUAUCGACGAAGAGAAGACAACACGUCAGAACGCAGCCGCGUCCAUCACUCGUCUGAACGGCCGAAUUUCGUUCGAAGCUUAUCCGCGUUACGACGCCAUCGUCGAGUACUUGGAAGGGCUUGCAACCAACUACAGCGGUAUUGCCAGUCUGGUGAAUAUCGGUACCUCUUACGAAGGCCGCUCCAUUUACGGUUUGAAAAUAUCCUCCGGCGGUACAGGCAAGCCCGCAAUUCUAAUCGAUUCCGCCCUACACGCCCGCGAAUGGAUCACCCCUCCGACGGCUCUUUACAUUAUCAACCAAUUGGUAGAAAAUAGCGACAACGCCGAUCUCUACGCCAACGUCGACUGGUACAUAUUCCCGGUCCUGAACCCUGACGGUUACGAAUUCACCCACACCAGCUACCGUCUGUGGAGAAAGACCCGCAGCAUAAAUGACGGAAGUAGCUGCGUCGGUGUCGACCCUAACCGUAACUUCGGAUACUACUGGAUGCUGAACGGCGCUUCCGACCUUCCGUGCAGCGAAGUCUUCGCCGGGCCCGAACCCUUCUCAGAGGUGGAAACACAGGCUCUGCGAGACUUUGUCCUGGCCAACAACGAGACCCUCAAAUUAUACCUGGCCGUGCAUUCGUACGGAAAUUAUUUCCUCUACCCGUGGGGAUACACCUCGGAAUUGCCCGACAACGAGGAGGAGUUGAGAACUCUGGCCGAAGCUGCGGACGACGCACUUUCCACUUUGCGCGGAACGCGAUAUACCAUCGGAACCUCGACCAACGUUCUAUACGAAGCAGCCGGUGGAAGCGAUGACUGGGUGAAGGGUGUCGGUGGCGUCGAACUGUCCUACACUUUGGAAUUGCCGGGUGGCGGAAUUUGGGGUUUUGACCCUCCCGUAUCUGAAAUUCUUCCCGUAGGCCAAGAAACUUUCUUGGCCAUUCGUGUUUUCGGCGAAUACAUCGAAAGCAAAUUUGGUUCCUCGAAGUGAAUAUUUAAAAAGAAACGCAUUACCGCAUAACUCUGUACGAAAUGUUAAUGAUGUUUUUAUGAAAAUAUGACCUCGAAUGGGAUGAAUGUAGGAAUGAAAUUAAAAUAACUUCACAACCAA